AUGGCAGUGAUGAAGGAGAUUCUCCGAUCCAGAAAUCUCUUGCUCGUUGUUCUCAUUCCGCUUCUGCUGCUUCCUCUGCCACUCAUAUACCCCAGCAGUGAAGCCUCGUGUGCCUACGUGCUCGUGGUGACAGCUGUGUACUGGGUCUCUGAAGCAGUGCCUCUCGGGGCAGCAGCCUUGGUUCCUGCUUUCCUGUACCCUCUCUUUGGGGUCAUGAAGUCCAGCGAGGUGGCUGCUGAAUAUUUCAAGAACACAACUUUGCUCCUCAUGGGUGUGAUUUGUGUGGCAGCUUCUGUGGAAAAGUGGAAUCUCCACAAGCGAAUUGCCCUGCGCAUGGUGAUGAUGGCUGGAGCCAAGCCAGGCAUGCUGCUCCUCUGCUUUAUGUGCUGCACCACGGUGCUCUCCAUGUGGCUUUCCAACACCUCCACCACAGCCAUGGUGAUGCCAAUCGUGGAGGCAGUGCUCCAGGAGCUGGUGAAUACUGAGGAGGAGUGUGAGGUCAUCACGACUGCAGGCAGCACCGUUGCUGAAGAAAACAAGCCAAUAGGUCUCAGCGAAAAGCACGGCCAGCCUUCGCUGGAGCUUGUCUUCAUCAAUGAGGAUGCUACUACUGACUUCAGCUCCUUGAUGCACUCAAAGAGUAUGAACGGUGUGCACAUGAUAGCCAACCCUGUUGGAGCAAUGAAUUCCACGAGCAACGGGCAGCACCUCCCUCAGGCUCAGAUCCUGGUCCUGCCCCCUGAGCCCUCGGAUCUCGGCCUGAGCAGCAAGUACCAGACCAGGCACGACCACAUGGUCUGCAAAUGCCUCUCACUGAGCAUCUCCUACGCAGCCACCAUCGGGGGGCUCAGCACCAUCAUAGGCACCUCCACCAGCCUCAUAUUCCUCGAGCACUUCAACAACCAGUACCCAAAAGCUGAAGUGGUGAAUUUUGGAACUUGGUUCCUGUUCAGUUUCCCCAUCUCCCUCAUCAUGUUGGUGCUGACUUGGUUCUGGCUGCACUGGCUGUUCUUGGGCUGCAAUUUUAAAGAGACUUGUUCUGUGAGCAAGAAGAAGAAGACCAAACGGGAAGAAAUGUCAGAGAGAAGAAUUCAAGAGGAAUACAAGAAACUGGGAAAUGUUAGCUAUCCCGAGAUGGUGACUGGAUUCUUCUUCAUCCUGAUGACCUUGCUUUGGUUCACUCGUGAGCCCGGCUUUGUACCAGGAUGGUCAUCAUUUUUUGAGAAGAAAGGUUACCGGACUGAUGCCACUGUUUCUGUAUUUCUUGGGUUUCUCCUUUUCCUGAUUCCAGCAAAAAAGCCAUGUUUUGGAAAAAGGAGAGAAGGAGAUGGUGAAAAGUCAACAGACAUUAACACACUGGAGCCCAUCAUUACCUGGAAGGACUUUCAGAAGACCAUGCCCUGGGAGAUCGUAGUGUUGGUUGGAGGAGGUUAUGCCUUAGCAGCUGGAUGCAAGACCUCUGGCCUCUCUACAUGGAUUGGACGUCAAAUGCUCUCCCUGAGCAGCCUUCCCUACUGGGCUGUAACUCUGCUGGCUUGCAUCUUGGUGUCCAUGGUAACAGAAUUUGUUAGUAAUCCAGCAACCAUCACCAUCUUUCUACCUAUUUUAUGCAGCAUGUCAGAAACCCUGCUUAUCAACCCUUUAUACACCCUGAUUCCUGUCACCAUGUGCAUCUCGUUUGCGGUGAUGCUGCCUGUGGGGAACCCUCCAAAUGCCAUUGUCUUCAGUUAUGGGCACUGCCAGAUCAAAGAUAUGGUGAAAGCUGGCCUGGGUGUAAAUCUAAUUGGUCUGGCUGUUGUCAUGGUGGCCAUCAACACAUGGGGAAUUAGGCUCUUCCAGCUGAACACCUUUCCAGAAUGGGCAACAGUCAGCAACAUCACAAGCCAAACAUAA